UAACAGUGUGCGUUACUGUGAAAGGACACUGAACAGAACCAGACAGGAAGACAAAAAGAUAGACGGAGAUAGCUCAACCAAGCUAAGAUGGAAUACAAUUCACUGCUACGAAGCCCAAAGAAAGAGGAGCGACAAGUACCCGAAUAUGUCUUCCCCGUAUCACCGGAUUUCUCCAACCAUGAUUUCAAUGUUUUGGAUGAACUGGGCGACGGCGUUUUAUGCUCUGAACAGGACCACAGAAAACUACAGAAUAGUCUUUAUGGUAGCCAGCUUAAUUGGGACUUCAUGGAAUUGGAGGGUUUCUCAGCUGUCGAUGCAGAGGAACCAGAAGUAGCAGACGAUGACGAAGGAGAAGAAGAAGAUGAGGAGGAAGAGGAGAAGCGGAUGAGAAGCAAAUGCCUUGUGGAAGACGACAAGAUUAUAAAGAGAGAAAACGGAGGCCUCUGGGAGGAAGACGAUGAGAAGAUGACGUCUUUGAAAUUGAGCUUGAACUAUCAAGAGGUUUUGGAUGCAUGGUCUGACCGUGGCCCUCUCUGGGCCGACGAUUGUUCUCUUUCAAUGCCUUCCAACGUUAACAAUGGCUUCUGCUAUAUGGGAGAAGUUCCAACGGUGCAGGAAGAUAGAAGCAGAAGGAAUGCGAGUGUUAGAAGGUACAAAGAGAAGCGUCAGAGCAGACUGUUCUCCAAGAAGAUAAGAUACCAAGUCCGAAAACUAAAUGCUGAUAAAAGACCCAGAAUCAAGGGUCGCUUUGUGAAGAGACUUUAAAAGAUGGAGAACGUAAGGGGUGGGAGGAGGAGGGGAGACCAAAAUAUCUCUCAAAAAUAUCUCUCAGAUUCCUUGUACUUGUAUUAUCCCUUGCAGCAGCCAAUUCCCAUUUUUUAAAUGUUUAUAAAUUGGAGCUAUCCGAUUCAUUGUAUCGAUCUGUAACUCGUGAUAUUUUAUACAUUAAAUCGUGGAAUCUUGUGUCCUGAGGGUGAAAUGGACUGUGUUUGUGAAUAUUGGGAAAACAUGGUUCAUCCUUUGCUGCGU